AUGGAGGAAAGAUCGGAAAAGUUGCCGCCGGAGCUCGUUGGUCCGAAUUUCUCGAAUGUUUUCCGGAUACACGUAAUAGUGCCGAUACUCGUAUACUUUGUUUUAUUUCGCUUCGCGAGUCGCUAUGUCAAAACACAUUAUUGGCAAAGUUUCAAAGGAUUCAAGCGUUAUCGACUUCACAAUCUCUCAAUAUGCUUCCUGCAUGCUUUAAUUGUUGGAACUCUCAACUUAUUAGUAAUGCUCACACAUCCAUAUGAAGCAUAUCACGAAAUUAUUGAAUGGUGGAGUCCAUUUGCAUCUCAAAUACCACUUAUGUCAGUCGCCUACUUCAUUCACGAUGCAAUUGAUAUGCUUUCGUAUGAAUGGUCGAAAUGGACACUUGAGCUCCUUUUUCAUCACUCGGCUACUUGUUUAGCACUUCUUUGCCCUUCAAUAUCCGACAGAUUCUUAUUUGCAACAAGUUGGGCACUUUUGAUGGAAAUUAAUAGCAUUUUCUUGCACGCACGCACAAUUUUGCAAAUAUGCGGACUAUCUACAAAAUUCCCGAAAGUCUAUGAGGCGAUUGUUUACUUGAAUAUUACAACUUUCUUCCUUUUCCGUAUAGUUUUCCAACUAAUAUUUGCUUACUGGGCAUUCACAAAUCGCCAUCGUAUGCAUCUCUACUAUCUUGCUAAUGGUCUACUGGGCGAGAUUGUAUUUGCUUUUAUAAAUGGGCUUUUGCUCAUUCGACUCCUCGCCUCAGACGGAUUAAUGCCCAAAAAUCUUCGUAACAAAUUUGCAAUGACGAGGGAUAAAAGUGAAGACGAUGAUGUAAAAAAACAAAUCGGAAAUGGCAAAAAACGAGAUUAG